AGGGAGUAAAACAAAGAAGUGAAGAACAUAACCACAUGAAUUGAACCGGCUCCGUAUCAUUUGACCGGUACGCGUUUCGCGACGUGGGAUUUGAUAUAUUUCACUUUCGGUCCAAAAGUAUUCUGUAUUUUCGUUAAGUUGUCCGACUUUUUUGGUUUGAAAUUGUUUUUCCCAUUACCGUUCUCUGCUCCAUUGGGUUCUUUCCUCUUUUCUCCCAGAUUCAUCAAUCUCUCCUACCGCCGCGAGAGAGUUAAAAACUCACCGGACGUUUCAAACCAUCAUCCGAUUAUUCGUUAGAUCUAGAUUUGAGCGUUGGUGAGAGAUUUCCUGGAUCUGUGAUACGUUCCAGGAAACAUGGCGACUAUGAAAAGUUUGAUAGGUCUGAUAAACAAAAUCCAGAGGGCUUGUACUGUCCUCGGAGAUCAUGGUGGUGAAGGAAUGUCGCUUUGGGAAGCUCUCCCAACCGUCGCUAUCGUUGGUGGCCAGAGCUCCGGAAAAUCUUUAGUUCUAGAAAGUAUUGUUACAAGGAGGCCAUUGGUGUUGCAGCUUCAUAAGACUGAAGAAGGGAUAACGGAGUACGCUGAGUUUCUUCAUGCUCCGAAGAAGAGAUUUGCUGAUUUUGCUGCUGUGCGGAAGGAAAUUGAGGAUGAAACUGAUCGUAUUACUGGGAAGUCAAAACAAAUCUCAAACAUUCCAAUUCAGCUGAGCAUAUAUUCUCCUAAUGUUGUUAAUCUGACGCUCAUAGAUCUUCCGGGUUUGACCAAGGUUGCUGUAGAUGGACAACCGGAUAGUAUUGUCCAAGACAUUGAAUAUAUGGUCCGCUCUUAUGUUGAAAAGCCAAAUUGCAUCAUAUUGGCUAUUUCUCCAGCUAAUCAAGAUAUUGCCACCUCAGACGCUAUAAAACUUGCUAGAGAAGUUGAUCCUACAGGCAAAAGAACUUUUCGAGUUGCAACCAAGCUUGGUAUCAUGGAUAAAGGAACAGAUUGUCUAGAUGUUCUUGAGGGAAGGUCGUACCGUUUGCAACAUCCCUGGGUUGGAAUUGUGAGUCGUUCACAAGCUGAUAUUAAUAAGAGGGUCGAUAUGAUUGCUGCACAAAAUCUAGCAAAACUCUUGUCUCAGCACUUAGAGACUGUUAUCGGGCAGAAAAUACCCAGUAUUGUUGCUUUGAUCAACAAAAGCAUCGAUGAGAUAAAUGCAGAGCUGGAUAGGAUUGGGAGAUCCAUUGCAGUAGACUCAGGAAAGGUUGUUUCAGAAGCAGAUGGUUAUCAGCCGCAUCUUAUUGCUCCUGAACAAGGAUACAGAAGGCUCAUUGAUGGAUCCAUAAGCUAUUUCAAAGGACCAGCUGAAGCCACUGUCGAUGCAGUGCAUUUCGUAUUGAAGGAGCUGGUCAGAAAGUCAAUUUCAGAAACAGAGGAAUCGAAGCGAUUCCUGACUCUAGCAAGCGAUAUAGCAGCUGCUGCAAAUGAAGCUCUUGAAAGAUUCAGAGACGAGAGCAGGAAAACGGUUCUGCGGCUGGUGGAUAUGGAAUCCAGCUACCUCAGAAAGAUCGGAUCCAACGUGAGUGCAUACACAAACAUGGUCUGCGACACAUUGAGAAACUCUCUUCCUAAAGCUGUCGUUUACUGCCAAGUUAGAGAAGCUAAGAGAUCGCUGCUCAACUUCUUCUACGCUCAAGUUGGCAGGAAAGAGAAGGAGAAGCUGGGUGUGAUGUUGGACGAAGACCCACAGCUGAUGGAACAAAGAGGAACAUUAGCUAAACGGCUCGAGCUUUACAAACAAGAUAGAGACGACAUCGAUGCUGUGGCUUGGAAGUUCCUGGUGGCAACAAGAUCAAUGGACCCAGACAAGGCAGCAAAGAUGUUUGUAGAUUGGCAAAAAUGGAGAGCCUCCAUAGUUCCUCCAACUGGGAUCCCAGAAUUGGAAGUGAAGGAUGAAUUAGAAUUCAGAAAGAUCUGUCUUCAGGGUCCAACCAAAUCAGGACACCCUUUGAUGCUUGUCAUAACCUCUAAAGCAUUUUCCUUCUAAGGAUCAAAAUAACUUCAAGAGUAAUCACCUCUCACUUGUUUUGGACUUUCACUUUCAUUGGAAAAUAUUCUGUUCGUUAAGUAGAUAAGUAUUUAGUUUGGGUACACCAAAUAGGUUUUUGUAAUCAUAGAACUGAUCAGCUUCUUACCUUUUUCUGGUUAUUGAGUAGUUUCAUUUGAAUCCAGGUGAUCCAGUAGACUUCAAAUGCAAGAAAGUUUCUUGAGUCUAUCCACAUUAUGUGUGUUUUUAGUUGAUUCUUGAGAUUAGUAUCUAUAAACUUAUCUUUUGUGU